AUGGGUCCAGACUCCGAUCCUGUGAGGCAAACAUCCUCCAGCCUCCCUCACAAUGAGUCUUUGGAGCCCAAUGGCAACCUUACAGUCCGCAGCAAUGAAUACCCAAUAUCGCCAAAGAACAAGCACAUUUCCCGCAUUGCCAGUGAUGAUGCACGCGACUCCAAGCGCAAUUCCGCCAUUUCCACCGCCUCGACGACCGCGUCUAGCGUAAGACGCAAGACAUAUAUUGGGCAUUGGCAGCUAGGUAAGACAAUCGGCAAAGGAGGCUGUUCGCGAGUGCGCGUCGUCCGGCACAGACACAGAGACCAGUAUGGCGCUGUAAAGAUCAUCACGAGAUCUGUCGCCGAGAGCACGCGCGCCCAAAGCCUGGCCAACUUGAUCGAGAGUACGAAGCUGUCGCCUGGUCUAUCCGCUGUCGGAUACAAGCCUAUCCCAUAUGGUCUCGAACGUGAAAUCGCUGUCAUGAAACUCCUGGAGCAUCCUAAUAUUGUACAGCUGUACGAUGUCUGGGAAAACAGAAAUGAAUUAUAUCUCAUCAUGGAGUAUGUCAAAGGCGGUGAACUCUUCCAUUAUGUAGAUGAGCGCAAAGGUCUUCCCGAGGACGAGACGGUAUACAUCUUCCGGCAGAUUGUAUCAGCUCUGCUGUAUUGCCACAGAUUGCUCAUCUGCCACCGCGAUUUGAAGCCAGAGAACAUCCUGCUCGAUCGCGAGAAGCUGACUGUGAAGCUCAUUGACUUCGGUAUGGCUGCACUGCAGCCCCAGGGUCGACUGCUAAGCACGCCUUGCGGGAGCCCACACUACGCUGCUCCAGAAGUGGUCAGUAGUAGGCCGUACGACGGGCCUCAAGCAGACGUCUGGAGCUGUGGUGUCAUUCUCUAUGUCAUGCUGACUGGCACCACCCCUUUCAACUACGACCAUAACAACGAUAUCCGCGCACUCUUUAGAGAUAUCACAGCUGCCAGGUAUAUCAUGCCCAAGGAUCUGAGCUACGAAGCGCAGGACCUGCUUGGACGCAUCUUCAUACCCAACCCUGCGCAGCGUCUGACCAUGGACGAGGUCUGGGACCAUCCUCUUCUGCACAAGUUUGAUGCCGAAUUUGGCUUGGACGGUCCCGAUGGCACCAAGGAGGCCGCGGUGGGCAAGCCGCCGAGCAUCGACGAGUGGAGAGUCAAGCGGAUCCAGGACAUUGAUCGUGAGAUCCUCAGCAACAUGCGUACUCUGUGGCACAGUGAAACAGAGCAAAGCUUGAUCCAAAAACUCCUUGACAAGAAUGAACUCAACCAGGAGAAGCUGUUCUACGCAGCCUUGCUCAAACAUAAAGAGGAGACACUGGAGAGCUAUGAUGGAGGAGCAGAUGAUAUCAGCUACUCGGCCAUAUUCUAUCAUGAACGACGAACAUCUGCGCCCGAGCUCUAG